GCAGCUCGUACCUGAGAACACCAGGCGCGAGGAUCACGCACGUUCACGUGAGCGGAUCGAGGACGCAGCAGCUAAAGCUAAACGGACAGCAGUCCACCAGGCCCAGAUUAUUCACGGAGUCUACUGUCGUUCAUUUUGUUCAGGCAGACCUCCGACCGGCAGGGAUUAGAAACGUGCGAGAUCAUAUGUGUGUGAACGGGGAAAGACUAGCACAAGAUGGUUCGGGAAACCAGACACCUCUGGGUGGGAAAUUUACCCGAACAUGUUCGAGAAGAGAAAAUUGUGGAGCAUUUUAAACGGUAUGGGCGCGUGGAAAGUGUUAAAGUGCUGCGGAAGCGAGGGUCAGAGGGUGGUGUUGCAGCCUUUGUGGAUUUUGUGGAUAUCAAAAGUGCACAGAAGGCUCACAAUGCUGUCAACAAGAUGGGAGACAGAGACCUUCGGACUGACUACAAUGAGCCUGGGUCAGUGCCUAGUGCUGUUCGGGGCCUUGAAGACAGCUCCCCCUCGAGCAGUCGAGAUGUUACAGGAUUCUCUAGGGGAACAGUUGGUCCUGUGUUUGGCCCACCUGUGUCCCUUCACACCAGAGAGGGACGUUAUGAACGGAGAAUAGAUGGUAGCUCAGAAAGCCGUGAACGGGCAUAUGAUCACAGCCCAUAUGGACACCAUGAACGCAGCGGCACUUUCGACAGACAGCGUCACUAUAACGCGGAUUAUUACAGAGAUCGAUCUAUGUUUGCUGCUGCUGGCCCAGGGAGCAGUGCUAUUGGUGGAAGCUUUGAGGCAUCAGACACACAUUUUGACUCUAGAAUUCGAGACCCCUUCACUCUUACUAGUUCUACACGACGUGACCUGUACAGAGAUGAGAGAGGACGACGUGUUGAUAGAACCUACCAUCACCGUCGGAGCCGAUCAUCUCAUUCCUCACAGUCAAGGCACCCUUCCCCGCAACGGACCACAGGACAAACCCCCAAAACUCCUCAUUCCCCUAAAAGAGCUCAUUUGUCCCCUGGGCGAGGCCCACAAUCUCGAUCCAGGAGCAGAUCUUCGAGCUCUGAUUCUGUCAGCAGCACCAGCAGCACGGGUAGUGGCAGUGAUUCAAACAGCAGCUCGAGUGAUGGGUCUCGGGCACGCUCUGUUCAGUCAUCAGCUGCACAUGCACCUACUCAGUCUUCUAUGGUGCUUGACUCGGAUGAGCCACGAAGAAGCUUUGGAAUUAAAGUUCAGAACCUUCCGGUGCGCUCCACAGACACAAGUUUAAAAGAUGGACUUUUCCAUGAGUUCAAGAAACAUGGGAAAGUGACCUCAGUGCAGAUCCACGGAGCAUCAGAAGACCGCUAUGGUUUGGUGUUCUUUAGACAGCAGGAGGAUCAAGAGAAAGCCCUCACUGUCUCCAAAGGAAAGCUGUUCUUUGGCAUGCUUAUUGAAGUCACUGCCUGGAAUGGUCCUGAAACUGAGAGUGAAAAUGAGUUCAGGCCCUUGGAUGGGCGGAUAGAUGAGUUCCACCCAAAGGCCACAAGGACACUGUUCAUAGGCAACCUUGAGAAGACCACCAGUUACCAACAACUUCUUGACAUUUUUCAACGCUUUGGAGAAAUUGUGGAUAUUGACAUCAAGAAAGUAAACGGAGUUCCCCAGUAUGCCUUUGUGCAGUAUUCCGAUAUUGCCAGUGUCUGCAAGGCCAUUAAGAAGAUGGAUGGAGAGUAUCUGGGGAGCAACAGACUAAAGCUUGGUUUUGGGAAGAGUAUGCCUACAACGUGUGUUUGGCUAGAUGGUUUGGCAUCCAGUAUUACAGAGCAAUACCUCACUCGACAUUUCUGCCGUUAUGGACAUGUAGUUAAGGUUGUGUUUGAUAGAUUGAAAGGGAUGGCCCUCAUCUUGUACAACAACACAGAUUUUGCUCAGGCAGCUGUAAGGGAGACCAAGGGUUGGAAAAUUGGUGGUAAUAAAAUAAAGGUGGAUUUUGCGAGUCAAGAGAGUCAGAUGGCAUUCUACCGGUCUAUGCAGGCAUCUGGUCAAGACAUUAGAGACUUCUAUGAAAUUCCCCCUGAACGACGAGAGGAUCGCAGACCACCAUACCAUGAGUUUACGGCAGAAAGGGCUUACUAUGAGAAUAUACGAACCCCAGGGCUCUAUCCAGAGGAUGCUCGAAGAGACUAUGCUGCUCGCAGCAGAGACCGUUUUCCUGAACUGGAACACUAUCAGGGUGAUCACUUCGACCCACGUUAUCAUGAAGACCCAAGAGACUACCGCGACUACAGAGACCCAUUUGAGCAAGACAUCCGAAAAUACACAUAUAUUCAAAGGGAGCGAGAAAGAGAGCGAGAACGUUUUGAAGCUGAUCGCAGCAGGUGGAGCCCUUCUCAUCCCAGACGACCUGUUACUCCUACAGUAUCUCCUUCACCAUCUGAGCGUGCUCCCAGAGACUCAGAACGACGGGUUUACAGCCAGUCCUCAGAACGCAGUGGUAGUGUGAGCUCAGUGUCACCACCACACUUCGACAAAUCUGAAAAGACCCUGCUGGAACAUGCCUCGAAGAGUGACAAGAGUGAGAAAAGCAGUCAGCCAGAUCGUGUGGCAGGUGCUGAGAAACCCAAACGUACAAAACGGAAGGAGAAAGGUGACAAAGCUGAGAAGAUUAAAUCAAGAAAACCAAAGGGGCAAUCCCCAUCCAACCCACUGCCUGAAUCAGAGCUUGAGACUGGUUUUGAUGGUGGUUCUGGAAGAGGAAGGGGAUCAGACCAAGAUGCUUAUGAAAGGCAGAAAUGUAAAGGGGAUGGCGACUCUCUUUCUGGAAGUCAGUUGUCAGCUGCUCAUCAUGACUCUGUAAAAAGUGAGAGAUCUGAAAUGAGUAAAGGUGAGAAUUCAGACUUGGAUGGAAAAAGUCGACUCAAGAAACAUGUGAAGUCUGAUACUGGAAAUGAUGGUAAAGAUUCAUCAGUGGAUUCAGAUCGUCUUGCUGCUAGAAAAAGGCGCUUUGCUGAUUCCAGUGGAAGAGCUAUUCGUCAGAAAAGAAGCAGGCAUGAGGAGGAGGAUGGUAUUCAGUCCACUGACUUUGGUACCAGUGCUGUAUACUUGAAAGAGUCAGACAGUGAUAAACACAAAGACACACAACGGAGAGAUUUAAGACUCAAAACUGAUAAAAGUGGCACUCAGAAGGAUGGCCAAGAGGACCUUAGAGGACAAAGAGAGAAAUCAGAGGGAUCUUUAGAACCAGAGUCAAAACGACAUCCAGGGCACACUUCAUCUAGAAGGUUUUCACAUGAGGGGAACACAGACCAAAGCAGUAUCAGGGAACAGGAACACCAUGCUGCUUUCAAAUUUGGUGCUCAGAAUGCUGACACUGAUAAAAGUGCUAAGAACAAGGAAGACCAUGUUGAUAUUGACCUCUCUCAGAGUUACCGGAAGCAAAUGGAGCAAAAUAGACGGUUGCACCAACAGCAACAGCAGCGUGAGUCAUCAGACAAACUUGACAAACCAGGAAGUCCCCAAGGAAGUGAAACAGAGGACUUGGAACAUAGAAGUCUUGUGCAUGAGGUUGGUAAACCACCUGAGGAUGUCACAGAUAACUUUCCAUCUCAUAAACUAAAGAAACUAGACCAAUUCGACACUGACUCUGGGGUUAAGAGGGAGCGUGUCUAUAGGAGCUUCAGACAAAAAAGUGAAGAUCCUGACUGGAACAUUGCAUCUCCAGGACAUCAGCAGUUUUCUCACCAUGCAGAUGAGGACUUUGUGGAUCCUUCUCCGAAAGAAUUAAGUAGAAAUGAAGAAAAAAUUCACACAGAUCUGGAGAUAUUAGUCAAAAGGACACAUAACACACAAGUAAACAAGCCAAACACCCCAUUACUUAGUGUGGAAGAAGAGCAACAAAAGAGAUGGGAGAGCAGAGUGAAACAAGACUUAAUUCCUGACCUGAACUUUUCUAGAAGUCUUGGUAAAAACAUUCACAAUCGCAAGCGUUUGGAAUAUGGUAUUUGGCAUGACUUAGAGCCUGGGGAGGUACGAUCUGACCCUGAGGAGGACAGAGACGCCAAACCACACUCUCCUAUGCCCUCAACGUCUAUGCCUUUUUCAGACAGGCCAAGGGUUGACAGGUUUGCAGACCCCAAACUAGCACAGCUCGAAAGGAACAAAUUCUACUCCUUUGCACUUGAUCAGACCAUCACACCUGAUACAAAGGCUCUGCUCGAACGUGCAAAAUCUCUGUCAUCUUCCAGAGAGGAUAACUGGUCAUUUUUAGAUUAUGAUUCUCACUUUGCAACUUUCCGCAACAGAAAGGACACUGAAAAGGUAGAAUCAACACCGCGACCUACACCCUCCUGGUACAUGAAAAAGAAAAAGAUUCGAAGUGGAUCUGAAGAUAAACUUGAUGACAGAAAGGAGGAGCCUAAGCCAGAGGAGCAGGAACGCAGGGAACUAUUUGCCUCCCGCUUCCUUCACAGCCCUGUCUUUGAGCUGGACUCUAGACGACUUCAGCACUUGGAACGCAAACAUGAAGAACCUGAGCAAACGCAAAACCAGCAGCCAGGUCAGACAGGGACGGGAGAUAGUGAACUUGACUCAGGGCCAGUUGUCCUUUUCCAUAGUCGUUUUCUGGAACUUAUGCGACUACAACAACAGAAGAAUAAAACCCAAGAGCUGCAAGAGGCAAAAGAAGACACAGUGCUCAUGGAUGAGAAUAAAGAGGAAAAAGCACCAGUUCAAGAGCAGCAACCUUUACAGUUGCCGGAAAUGACGGAAUCUGUCAAUGUGCCAGAAAUGAAACCCAUCAGUCCUGCUGAAGAGAUGAUCUCUGAACCACGACACACACCUACUGCUGUCACCCAGUCUGUGGUCAAGGACCCUCCAUCAGAGGAGAAAUGUGUUACUUUAAAUCCAACACCUGAUCCAUGUCUCCCUGCGUCAUUUGUAAAGGAAGAGGUAAAAGAAAAUGAAAAUGUUGUACCAGUGCACAGUUUGGCAACUGAGAUGACAUCUGAUUCUGAAACUUCGGGAAUAGCAGCACAUGAACCCAGUUACUCAGUGGAUAAAUGUAAGCUUUCUCCUUCUGAACGGAAAUUGGAUAUUGUUGAGGAUGUAAAACCUCCCUUUAUGGAAAACCCAUGCCACCGCGAUUCUCAUGAUGAGUUUGUUAGCAGUUCAGAAGCUGAGCUGGAGCAUGAGACCACACAACCAGAAAUGCAAGCCCCUAGUCCUAUACCACAUAGUCUUGCAGAGGAAGUGGAUGUAGUCAAAAAACAGAUCCAUUCCACUUGCAAAGCAAUAACAGAGCCUGAGCCACAAAAGAAACUUCAGGUUAGUAAAGUGCAGAUAUCUGUGGAUAAUGAUGCAAAUAAUGAGACAAUCUCACCUCAGAAAGAACAUAAAAUAAAAGAAAUAAAAAAUGAAAUAUGCAAACCUGCUCCAGUUGCUCCAGUUCCUGUCGUAUCUAAUUCUGGUUCUGAGAUACAAGCAACACGCAAGAGUGAGCGCGUGAAACGUGGAUCAUCCCCAAGAGCUGAAUUGAAGUCCACUGGCAAAUCUCCUCUUCAUGGGUCAGAUUCUGAUAUAUUGGAGCAGAGCAGCAUACCAUUAGCCAGAGCAAGAAGAAGAAAUGUAAAAUCUGUGUAUGCCACCCCAGUUGAAGAUGAGGUGCCAGUUCGUUCCGGGAAGGAAAUGACAGAGUCACCGCGCGCUGCACGAAAGCGAGGUACAGACAAGGAAGCAACGCAACAACAAAAUAUCGAACAGGACCCACCUGCUCCAAGUCCAAGUCCUGCAACUAAACGGGGCCGCCCUCCCAAGAAUCGUAAACAAAGAGACGAGAAUUCAGCAGUUAAAGUAGAAAAAUCACAAAUGGACACUAAAGACACGGAUUCAAAUCAAUCAGAAAGCGGUGAACGAAUUCCAAGAAUGUCAAAAGGGAAAACAUCCCCUCAUGCCACAAAGAGUGCGUUGAACCAGACGUCUGCAGUUCUAGGAUCUGUAUCAACAAGGAAGGGGGAAAAAACUGAGGUGGCGGAGGAUGAUGAUCAGGAAAUGGAUUUCACAGAUGAAGAUUCCGUGGCUUUGCAAGAUUCAUCAAGUUCAUGUAAAGAUGAUCCAUCCACAAAAGCUGACCAAAAGAAAGAGGAGAAAGACAAACAAGGAAGAGAAAUAAGUAGAGAUAAAGAUGUUAUGCAUGAAAAGGCUUGUGAAGGUAAGUCAAAUGGGAAAGAGACUGAUUCCUCAAGCUUUGAAGAGAAACCCACCAGAGGAAAAAGCAAGCUGACAAGGAAUCCUAAAUCUCCUGUCCUCAAGAACCUCAAAAUCAGGCUAAAUGUCACAGAGGUGAAAGAUCUUCUUCAGUUAGGGGAUGAUGAGCUUGGUAAUCAAGAGAAUUCUUCAAAAAGUGAUCAUGUUUCAAAGUGCACUAAUGUUAACAAAGGAGGCUCCAUGAGUGAAGAAAAGGAAAAUGCCACUUUGGAGAAGAAGGAGCUCCUGGAAACACCACAAAGCUUAAUUUUACAGGAGUUGGAAUUGGAGCAGGCUGUCGAAAACAUUGCUAAACUGACAGUUCCAGCUUUUCCAGCCAAACCACCAACACCACCUGUCCCACCUGCUGAAGUAAGAACUGAUCCAGAGGAAGAAAAACCUUCUAACCCUGCUAGCGAGACAGAACUCAUGGCUGCUAUUGACUCCAUAACCACUGAGGAAGCAACUGUAUCUGAAACUCAAGCACCACCACCAAAUGCAGAUCUAGGAUCAGAACCUGAGAUGCAAGACUUCAUUCAGCCUGGCAAGGAAGAGGAACCUGAAACUAAUACAACUGCAGUACAGGAGGAGCCUGUGUAUCCAACCACGCCUAAAAAGGGCACCAGGGGAAGACCCAAAACACCCAAAUGUCCUAAAGGACAAAAGCAAGUGAGGAAGGAUUUGAAGGAGGGACAUUCAGUAACUGAGGAACUGGCAACUCCUUUAACAGAUAGCACAGCUUCCAGUGUAAAGAUUGUUCCAGAAUCAACUCCGUCAGCAGCGACUGCUACGGUUAUUACUCCUACUACGUGGAAGUCAGAAGCUGAGCCUUCAGCUGUCAAGACUACAGAUAUAAAUUCAGAGGCAUCUUCUGAAGAACGCAUUCAGCAUGUUAAAUCUGUUAACCCCCAAUCUAAGAGUCCAGUAUGCCCAAAGUCUCAACAGGUGCCACCUGAAUGCAUCUCCCCUUCCUUGUCUCCACUAGCAAACCGGCCAAACAUCAGGUCCAUUCAACCAACUCAUCAAACAAUCAGAAAUCCUGUUUCUCCACCAGAUUGGCGCCAGCCAUCUAAAGACACAGGAGCCUCACCUUCACCUGUUAUGCCAUUGGCAUCUAAGGAAAACCAGCUUUUACCCUCAGACUCUGAAAACAUGGAUAUUGAACAAGACACAAGUGACUUGAGACAUAUUCUUAUGAAACACAAAAAUAUAUCACUGCCAGGGAGUAGUUCUGUUGCUAGUAGUCUGCUCACCCUGCGAGAUCAGAACCCCAUUGAAAGUAAUCCUCCAUCAGCUGUUGUGCCAAGUAAAUCACCCCUACCUGAUGGUAGAAUGCCAGGCCAUCCAGCUGCAUCUAUUGUCAGACCUACAGCCUCACUACCCUCUCCGGAGACAAAGUCUGUCAUCUCUGUUAUUGCAUCCACUGGAACCUCAGUCAUCAGCCGUGUUUGCAAUCCUCCUGAGCCUGAGGACAAAGUAAAUAUGAACAUUGCAAAUCCGUGUGUGGACAUGGCUUUACCCAAAUCAACCUACAGGUCCAGCAAAGAUGACACUGGUUCAUACCAUGGGCCAUCUGUCGGUGAUGAUGGAGGAAGUGCUGCUCGCUUCAUUGUUGAGAGUCCCAAUCUUGGUACAGGAUCAUGUCCAGGUCUGAGAGUAAAUACAUCUGAAGGAGUAGUAGUAUUGAGUCACUCAGGCCAGAAAACAGAGGGACCACAGAGGAUUAGUGCUAAAAUAAGUCAGAUCCCUCAAGCAACAGCAGGUGACAUGGAAUCUCAGCAGUUAUCCAUGCCCCAGAUAAAACCAGAUUUGUAUGGUCAUUCUCAUUCAGGACUUCAGAAGGGGCCUUCAUCACAGACAGAUCACGGACAUCCUGGUAAGAUGCAGGCGGCUUUGUCUUCAAUUAAACAAGAAAGCACUGGUUUGGAAAAGAUGGAGUCUGCUUACCAAUCUGGACCUCAAGGAGUAGUGAAGCGUCUCACACAGGGUAACCAGCAAGUAUUGAGUUACCAUCAAGAUUACAUGCCAGUAAAACAUCAAAAGAAAAUGGACAGUGCUGAUUCUCACAGUACAGAUGGAGCUAAGCCACCUUGGACCUCUGCUAUAAGUCCUGCUAUAAGUCCCCAUUUGCCCUCUCCACCUGGCAACCAUGUAGGUUUUGUUACAGCAGCGGGUGACAGAGCUUCCUCCCAUAUUACUGGGGUCAAACAGGAACCGCGAUCUCCUCGCAAGUCAGGUCAUCCACACACUCAGUUUACCAAAGUGUCCUCCCCCAUAGGCUCCUCUUCACCCAAGGGCAUACCAGUGAUGUUGUCCACUGGCCAUCCUGCCAUGCAGCAGUUUAUCACUGGUGUACAUCAUCCAGAACAGUCAGUUAUCAUGCCACCUCACAGUGUGCCUGGAGGCUUAGGACGGAUGUCUCCUCACCGUGUUACGCAGUCAAUUCCAGUGGGGCAUCUCGUCCAAGGAGAUGUUCGCGUCAAUACUCCACCGCUGUCUGUGAUGAGCUAUGGGAUGCAUAGUGAGCCUCUUGCCUCUCCCUGGUCUGGUCCCAUGCAACCACGGCCCACCUCACCACAGACUGUUGGCAGAGACAAAGUUCUCAAGGUAAACCCUGGUUCUUUGAGGAGUCAUGAGGGGGAACAGGAAGAAACCAGACGCUUCCACCAGGCUCCAGGAAGACAAACUGCCACACAGAUAAAACCGGAGCCCAUGCAGUCAGAUCCUCGUGGGCCAUUGCGGAGUGGUGUCCAGUUGGAACCAUACAUGACACAAAGAGAUAUACGAGCGCUCUUGCACCAGCAGGGAGAACGUUUGGCCUCAGACCCUCAUUCAGGACACAUUCAAGAAACUCUGCCCACAUCUUCAGCGCCCUCAAACCUACCCUUAUCUUUGUCUCCACGAGCACAUAUUUUAGCUAAAGGUGUGUCAGACAAGGAUAUAGCGAAGCCAUUAGAGGCCAAGAGGCCACAUUCUCCUCAUCCUAAAGAUGGAAUGAUGGGGAUCCGACAAUCUGGGCAAGCAAUGGCAUCUCCCCAGAGAGUUCAGCUAAUAACACCAGGACCUAGCAGCUCAUUCCCAGAAUACUCAGGGAUGUACUCAAACACAAGAGGCAUCCAUUCUCAAAUACCAGAGACCUCUUCUGUUGGACUUAACCAGCCACCACUGAGCGUCACACCAACCAUGGGUGCAGACCUCCAGGCUAAGCCAGAUGGAAAGAUGACACAGCCUGUUAAUAUGAUGCAGUUGCUCACGAAAUACCCCAUUGUAUGGCAAGGCCUGUUGGCACUGAAGAAUGACACAGCUGCAGUCCAGUUGCAUUUUGUCUGUGGCAACAAAGCGUUGGCUCAUCGAUCGCUGCCCCUACAAGAAGGAGGCACAUUGCUUAGGAUUGUCCAGAGAAUGAGACUAGAGGCUUCACAGCUGGAAAGUGUAGCACGAAGAAUGACUGGAGACAGUGACUUCUGUCUGCUCCUUGCUCUGCCAUGUGGACGAGAUCAAGAAGAUGUCCUAAACCAAACUCAAGCUCUUAAGGCCGCUUUCAUCAACUAUUUACAGACAAAGUUGGCUGCUGGUAUCAUCAAUAUCCCUAACCCAGGUUCCAAUCAGCCUGCCUAUGUGCUACAGAUUUUUCCACCAUGCGAAUUUUCAGAGAGCCACUUAUCCCAGCUUGCUCCUGACCUUCUGAACAGGAUCUCCAGCAUUUCACCGCACCUCAUGAUUGUCAUCACCUCUGUGUAACCUUGACUGUUGGGAAUGUCCCAUCGAUGGAUUUUCUUGCUGAUGAGCCUCAGGAAACCAGAGGAAUAUGAGAAUUGUUUUUUUCUUGGACACAGUGGGAAUGUGUAGGGUGUACCCUAUCAACCUUUUUCUUUUUUUUCCCCCCAUCAGACCUUUUUUUUUAUUUUUUUAUUUUUUUAUUUUGUCACUCUGGUAUUUUUGUCCUUCUCAAAAGAACUCAGGGAUGGACCAAACCAGAAUCAGUCUUAUUUGACAAUUUCUCUGCUGUAUUUCUAUUUAUUGGCAUUUUAUUUUACUGUUCGGAGAUGCUCUGAGGGAAAAUGAGGAUGUUUGAUGAACAAGAAUGAGUGACUAUCUGGGUGGCCUUUUUCUUUCAUCUGUCUUUUAUUGAUUGUCAUAUUAAUUUCUUCACAACAGAGGAUCAUUGAAGCUGUUGUACUGCAGUGGCUGAAAAGACAUUUGAACAUAUGAUUUUAACUAAUUAUGUACAGACUUCCUCCCCCUGGCUUUCUUUAGAGGAGGAAGAAAUGUCAACCUUUGGAGACCCUGUAGAGGACCACAUUCGUUUAAAAGCUCCUUUAAUUCCACCAGCUCUGCUCAUCUUCUCACACUACUGAAGCAGUUACGCCUGCCUUUGCAUUGAACAAGCUACAAUUUGAUUUGGGAGGUUUUGAAUACAGGACAUUGUAAAUAUUUUAAAUAUUUAAACUCUGACUAUGGAACUUGGACAACUUGACAGAGACUUGAACUCUGGGACAUACAAGAAUACAGAAAGUGGAUUUAGAUGGAUCCUUGAUUUUUUUUUUUUUCUUUUUUCUUUUUUGGUGUAAAUACUUUAAGACAAGAAGGUUGGCAAACUCUUCUGUGGAGUCUGCUGAUGGCACUUCAUAUUUUGUAACUCAAAUAAAACAAACUCCAGAAAACUUGAA